AUGGCGCCGCCGGCCAAUCGCCUUCCUCUGCUACUUCCGGACCCUCAGCGCUCUGCGGCCGUGGGCCAAUCGGUUAAGGAGCUCUUCUGUCUUAACGAGCGUGUGGUGCUGACCGGCCAAUGGGAGCACGGCUUCUUCUCGCUGACGGCCGUCGGCGCCACCAACGUCGGCUCCAUCCGCGUCUACUUCGACAAGGAUCUUCAGACCAACGCUCCUCGCUACAGGAAAGGCUCCUUCCACGACUACAGCUACGUUGCCGUGGACGACCAGGUGUUGCAGGCGGCACGGGGAGGGGGCGGGGCCCCAGCAGAGCGGGGGGGCGUGGCCUUGCAGAAGGGGGAGGCGCUGGGCGAGUUUAACCUGGGCUCCACCAUCGUGCUGCUGUUCGAGGCGCCCAAGGACUUCAGCUUCAAGCUGCAGCGGGGACAGCCAAUCAGAGUGGGCCAGGGGCUCGGCAGCGUGUGAUUGGCUGGGCCAGGGACCAGGCAGCCUCUGAUUGGCCGACAAAGACAGAUUUUUAAAGUUUGUGGCAUUGUGGGUAACUUUCUCUGUAGCAAAGCAGCUGUGAGGAAGUGGACUCAAGCUCCCAGAAUGCCUUGUGCCAAACUUUUCUUUGUUUUUGUUGCUCGUCCAGAAACUGAACCAACAAACCAUUACAUGCUGACGUGCCAACAUGCUAAAGCUAACGGGCUCCCUGCUGUGUGUGAUGUCACAGCUGCUACAUGUAGCAUCACGCCAACAGC